CCCGCGCAGUGGCCGCCCGUUCCCUACAGGCCGCCGCCUCCUCCCCGCUGUCCGGCUUGGGACUCAAAAAGCCCGGGUUCUUGCGGGAGCCGGCUUCGGGCUGGCCCCUGACGGGGCCCGUCUGUCGCCUCACAGCACUCCCCUUCAGGGUAAUGGGGUCUGAGGGACAUGCGCCACAUUCGGCCGCGACGAGCUCCUCUGAAAGAACCCGCGGCCCGAACAACACUGUGGCUUCCCAGACAACGCAGAAGGCUGCCGAGUCACCCUUAUCUUAACGCUAGAGAAGCCGUUUCCUCCGGGACGGAGCCCGCCAGCCGGCUCCGGCGCGUCCCGGGUGGGCCACGUGCGCCCGGCUCCGCGUGUUCGCGCCCCGCCCCGGGGGAGGAGCCGGCCGCCGGCCCCGGGUCUCGGCUGAGCCAGGCUGGCCGCGGCUCGCCGGUUCCCGCGCUCCUGUCCCAGGCGCUCCCGCCCCUUCCCAGGGCCGCCCAGCCUCUUCCCGCCGCCUCACGCGGCCCGCCCGUGGGCUGUGCGCUCGGCUGCCUGCGCCGUGGGACCGAAAUGCUUGGCUGGUAACCACAAAGCAGACAGGAGCUGGAGCUGAAGCUGAAAGAACUGGAGAAAACUGCUUUCAUCUGACUUGACUUCGGCUGGAAACUGCCACUGCAUGGUUAAUGGCCGCAGUCCAGGCUUUGGUGCUCAAGGCAUGGAAUCCCUCAGUGAAGACCUGUGGGAGUUCCUGGGUGGGGAGGCUCCACUGCAUCAGCUGGACGACCUCACUAAAGUGAAUCCGGUGACACUGGAGACAGUCCUGAGGUGCCUGCAGGCCCGGUACUCGGCAGACACAUUCUACACCAAUGCUGGCUGCACCCUAGUGGCUCUGAACCCCUUCAAGCCUGUCCCUGAGCUCUACACGCCACAACUGAUGAGAGAGUACCACACCGCACCACAGCCCCAGAAGCUAAAGCCUCACAUCUUCACUGUGGGUGAACAGACCUACAGGAAUGUCAAGAGCCUGAUUGAGCCUGUCAACCAGUCAAUUGUUGUCAGUGGAGAGAGUGGUGCUGGAAAGACAUGGACGUCUCGCUGCCUGAUGAAAUUCUAUGCUGUGGUGGCCACCUCACCGACAUCCUGGGAGAGCCACAAGAUUGCAGAGAGGAUCGAACAGCGGAUUCUCAACUCCAAUCCUGUUAUGGAAGCUUUCGGGAACGCGUGCACACUGAGGAAUAGCAACAGCAGUCGCUUUGGGAAGUUCAUCCAGCUCCAGCUGAACAGUGCCCAGCAGAUGACUGGAGCUGCAGUCCAGACCUAUCUCCUAGAGAAAACUCGAGUGUCCUCCCAGGCUUCCAGCGAGAGGAACUUCCACAUCUUCUAUCAGAUCUGCAAAGGAGCCAGUGAGGAUGAGAGGGUUCGCUGGCACCUCCCCAAAGGAGCUGCCUUUUCCUGGCUGCCUAAUCUGGACAGGACCUUGGAAGAGGAUUGCUUCGAGGUGACCCGGGAAGCCAUGCUGCAUUUGGGCAUCAACACCUCCACCCAGAACAACAUCUUUCAGGUCCUAGCUGGGCUGCUGCACCUUGGCAAUAUCUUGUUUGCUGACUCAGAGGAUGAAGCCCAGACCUGCCGCCUGAUGGACAGUGACAAAUGCCCCAUCAGGACGUCAGCCUUGCUGCUGCAACUCCCCGAGGACACACUGCUGGAGACCCUGCGGAUUAGGACCAUCAGGGCAGGCAGGCAGAGGCAGGUGUUCCAGAAGCCCUGCUCCCGAGCCGAGUGCGACACCCGCAGAGACUGUCUGGCCAAGCUGGUCUACUCCCGGCUCUUUGACUGGCUGGUGUCGGUGAUCAACAGCAGCAUCUGCGCAGACCCUGACUCCUGGACCACUUUUAUAGGCCUGCUGGACGUGUACGGGUUUGAGUCAUUUCCUCACAACAGUCUGGAACAGUUGUGCAUCAAUUACACCAAUGAGAAGCUGCAGCAGCACUUUGUGGCCCACUACCUAAGAGCUCAGCAGGAAGAAUAUGCACUGGAGGGACUGGAGUGGUCAUUUGUCAACUACCGGGACAACCAGACAUGCUUGGAUCUCAUCGAGGGGAGCCCCAUCAGCAUCUGCUCCCUCAUAAAUGAGGAGUGCCGCUUGAAUCGUCCAAGCAGUGCGGCCCAACUCCAGACGCGCAUUGAGAGUGCCCUGGCAGGAAGUCCCUGCCUGGGCCACGACAAGCUCAGCCGGGAGCCCAGCUUCAUUGUGAUGCAUUACGCGGGGCCUGUGCGGUACCACACAGCAGGCCUGGUAGAGAAGAACAAGGACUCUGUUCCCCCUGAGCUGAAUAAACUCCUGCAACAAUCCCAGGACCUCUUGCUCCGGGUACUGUUUCCUCCUGACCCUGAAGAGAAGACCCAGGAGGAGCCCUCAGGCCAGGGCAGGGCCCCAGCAUUGACUGUGGUAUCCAAAUUCAAGGCCUCUCUGGAGCAGCUCCUGCAGGUCCUGCACAGCACUACCCCACACUACAUUCGCUGUAUCAAGCCCAACAGCCAGGGCCAGGCACAGACCUUCCUCCAGGAAGAGGUCCUGAGCCAGCUGGAGGCUUGUGGCCUGGUGGAGACCAUCCACAUCAGUGCGGCUGGCUUCCCCAUUCGGAUCUCUCACCAGAACUUUGUGGAAAGAUAUGGGUUACUGAGAAGGCUCUGUCCUCGUACAUCCUCAGGCCUCCACAGCCCAGAUCCUGCCAAGGGGCGCUCUGAACAGACCCCACAGGCAGAGUCGGCCAUGCUGCUGUCUCUGCUCCAGGACAUUCUCCAUAUCCUGCCAGCUCUAACUCAGAUGGCGGCCACAGCUGUCCAGCCUGCCGAUGCCAUGGCAGCUUCAGUGCACUGCGGCAAGACCAAGGUGUUCAUGACCAACUCCGUGCUGGAGCUUCUGGAACAUAGGCGUGUCCAGGUGCUAGAGCAAUGUGCCCGCUGCAUCCAGCGUGGCUGGAAGCGCCACCAGCACCGAAAGCAGGAGCGGCAAAGGCAGGCCGCUGUGCGCAUUCAGGCAGCUGCUCGUUCCUGGUUAACUCGGAAACACAUCCAGAGGCUGCACAAAGCUGCCACGAUCAUCAAGCACGCAUGGCGGCAGUGGAGAAUGAGAAUGGCCUUUCUUGUGUCUGAAGAACUGGAUGGUGUAGAAGAAAAAUACUUGGCUGUGGCUCCCCCAUCCCGGAGCGUCUCCUUACUGCACCCAGAGCAGCCCAAGCUCCAGGGGGCAAUUGUCCGCUUCUGGCCCCUCGGACUGGUCCUGGCUAACGCGUGUGUGGGUGUCCAUGGCCUUCAGAGGAAACUAGUGGUCUGUGCUUGCCUUCAGCUUCCCAGAGGCAGCCCCCGUGGCUACACUAUCCAGACAGCACAAGACCAGGCUGGGGUCACAUCCAUCCGAGCACUGCCUCAGGGCCCGAUAAAGUUUCACUGCAAGAAGUCUCCCCUGCGCCAUGCUGACAUCUGCCCCGAGCCUCGGCCCUGCCAUGUUACUGGCUUUAAUCAGAUUCUGCUGGACAGACACAGGCCAUGACCUCUUCUCAGCCUCGUCCCUCGCCUGGCCAGGUGAUCCUAGGUGCCUUUGUUUCUGCAGGGUUCCUGCCAACUGCCUUGCCAAAGACAUCGAAACCACAGACAGCUGCCAAACUACUCCCACAGCAGCUCCAUUCACAGCUGUGGCCAGCAAAGCCAGGGCCCCACAGGCCUCCC